ACCAUCACACACGAUUAGUCCGCGACCCGGGGCAACAGUUCCGAGGCGUCGUCGCUGGACCAAAUAACCAUCACAUACGAUUAGUCCGCGACCCGGGGCAACAGUUCCGAGGCGUCGUCGCGGGCAUCCCUAUCGCGAGUGCGAGACACAAAGAUUUGUGGUAUAUUCUGAGACCGGACCAAUAAACAAUAUAUUCACAACCCAACAUCACUUGUUAUUGUCAUUACGCGAAAAGACAGCACGAACACUAAUACUGUUCGUGUUGAUACAGAACAUUUUGGUGCCUCCUGUGAGGUGUGUGCCUCAAUCCACGCAAGAAACGGGAUCCAGCCUGAGAGCCGCCUCACAUCUACUAAGAGCGGGUCCUCCAAGUCAUCCAAGUCAGCCGAAGGAGGAACGUGUGCAAUCGUACUCGACAGGCGUAAGAGUAAGUCAUUCUUUCCCAGCAUUUACAUUCCGUCGCAUGCCGAGAUGGCGGACAAAAUCAAAUUCCUCGUUCAGAAACGAACUUCCCUGAAAUCCCAAAUAACCAAUUUAGCCAAUAUCGUCGAAGAGGGGAAAAUUGAUAACGCGACGUUAAGGUUGCGAAACGAGCGUUUAACGCAAUUAUAUCGGGCCUUCGAAGAGUAUAACGAUGAACUCGCGGUAUUAGAUCCCAACGCAAAUCAUCGGGUCGAGUUCGAGGGUAUUCAGGAGCGGUUUUAUAGCUUGGCGGGAAAAAUUGAGAGUAUUUUACGUCCGGGAGAUGCGCCGUCGGGAGAUAUGUCCGAAACGAGCGCUAGCGUAUCGAAUGAAGGGGUACGGCGCGAUGACGUCGUACCGCCUGUUGAGAAACGGCGGAUUAAGCUGCCCGAAACACCGUUACCGAAGUUUAAUGGUAGAUUUGAGGAAUGGUUAUCAUUCAGAAAUGCGUUUUGCAGUAUGAUAGGCUCGCGAACGGACCUUGCGGAAAUAGACAAAUUGCAUUACCUUAGAUCGGCGUUAACUGACGAAGCCGCGAACAAGAUUAGGAUCUUCGAAAUUGACGGAAUUAAUUAUGCCAAGGCCUGGAGCUUAUUAGAACGGUCAUAUGAGGUCAGGAGGAUCUUGAUAUCGCGGCAUCUCUCUCUGCUAUCAAAUUUGCCCGCGCUAAACAAAGAAACAACGAACGGUUUGUCCAGUCUCGCGGACGACGCGCAGCAACACGUUGCGUCGCUAAACUCUUUGGGAGUUUCGGUCGGACACGAGAUGAUCGUACCUUUGCUAGAGACCAAGCUACCAAGGAUAACGUUGGAAAAAUGGGAGGCGACUCUCGAAAGAGACGAGUUUCCAGAGAUCGACCAGAUGUACGAGUUCUUAUAUAAAACCGCGGUUUGCGUCUCGAGACGCGAGAGAGCGAAGGUAACCGACAUGGAGGGAAGCAGGGGAGAACCCUCGAGCAAAAAAGGACGAAGUCGUCCCUCGAAUCGAGCGCGUGUCGUAAGCGCGGCGCGUAAUUGCAUAGCAUGCAAGACGAAACGGCAUCCCUUGUAUUUAUGCGACAAAUUCAAACAAUUGCCUAUACCUAAACGUAUCGAAACAGUGAGAAACGCGAAGGCUUGUUACAACUGCUUGCGCUCACAUAGAGACACCCCCUGCACUUUUUCGAACUGUACAAUUUGCCAAAGGAAACAUAACACUCUUCUGCAUUUAGACCAAUAUCCGGUGACGAAUCGAACUUCCACUUCUAAGGCCGUAGAUACACAGGCCGCGUGA